AUGGGUUCGUUUGCCGCCUUCUUGUUGGUGUACAUUCUCGGCGGACUCACUUUCAUUCCUCUCAUCAUCGCGCUGAUCGCCCUCCAUGCUUAUUUGACGCUCAAACCUCCUUCGACGUCUUUUUCCGAUGAAAAGGACGAGGAGACCACGAAGAACGUCCUCGAGCGUCCGAACGAUGACCAGUACAGCCUGAAGACCGGUAUCGAUGUUCUGGCAGAGGAGUUUCAACGCGCCCAUGAAUCCGACGUGGCCGCGGGAUAUUUCGCUGUCUGUCGGGAGUACGUGCCUGGAGGAGUCAAUGGAAAGCCACCGGAGAGGACAACUCCAGCAGGGGAGGUGGUGGCGACGGAAAGUCCCAGUGUAUACCAGACCAUGUACAGGAGCAUAUUCGACCGCAAGCAGCCACCUAGUAUCGAGCCUGCGAAAACCAACGGGAAGAAUUUCAAGAAGGCACGGAAUGUGUUUUAUAUCGUUCUCAGACAUGGCCAUCUGAUGCUCUACGACGACGCUGAACAGCUCGAAGUUCGAUAUGUGAUCUCCUUGGCACACCAUGAUGUGAGCAUUUACGGUGGAGGCGAUGAAAUACCAGAAGGGGAACUAUGGAUCAAGCGAAAUGCAAUCUGUCUUAGCAGGAGAGAGGACUCAAUUGCAGAUCUUCGGGGAAUGACACCACCAUUUUAUCUGUUCUCCGAAAGUCAAUCAGCAAAGGAAGACUUCUAUUUUGCAUUGCUCAAAAAUCAGGAGAAGAUCCCAGGUUCGCCAAAUUCUCCGCCUACGCAGCAGCACUAUGAUGUCAAAGAUAUCGUUACGCUGGUGCAACGGCUUCAUUCGUCCGAAGAGCAACUGCAGACACGGUGGAUCAACGCAAUGGUGGGAAGAUUGUUUCUGGCUUUGUAUAAGACUCCAGAGAUGCAUGAGUUCGUCAGAAAAAAGGUCACCAAGAAAAUUUUUCGGGUCAAGAAGCCGACGUUUAUCUCCAAGAUCUCGCUACAGAAGAUCGAUAUGGGCCAUGAAGCACCAUUCAUUACGAAUCCCAGACUCAAAGAUCUUACGAUCGACGGAGACUGCACUGUGGAGGCAGAUAUCAAUUACACUGGCCACUUCCGCCUUGAAAUCUCCGCUACAGCCCGAAUCGACUUGGGCCAGAGAUUCAAAACGAGAGAAGUCGACCUUGUUCUUGCAGUUGUGCUUAAGAAACUCGCCGGUCACGUCUUGGUACGCUUCAAGCCUCCUCCAAGCAACCGAAUUUGGUUCUGUUUCGCAACCAUGCCAGACAUGGUCAUGUCCAUCGAACCGAUUGUUAGUUCGAGGCAAAUCACCUACGGCAUCAUUCUUCGUGCCAUCGAGAGUAGGAUCAGGGAAGUUGUCGCGGAAUCGCUUGUCUAUCCCUUCUGGGACGAUGUCCCUUUCCUGGACACCAGUUCCCAACCCUUCCGGGGUGGAAUAUGGGAGCGGGAGAUUUCGAAAGCCAGUGUGAAGACUGAGAUUCCAGACGAAUCGGAGUUACAGAAUGAUUCAGGGUUACCCUCAGAGGGUGAUUCCUUCGACGCUUUGAAGACUACAGAUAAUCGAACCAUGAGCACGCCUGAGUUCUCCGAAUCCCCAUCCCCUGCUUUGAAAUCUCGCAAAAGCUCCAAAUCAGAUUCAAGCUCUCAAAUUGAUGAGAGCGCCUCUUCUUCGGCUGUGGACAAGCGCACCAACUCACCUCCCCCUACAGCGAUCCGGUCGCGGACUUUCUCGAAUGUCGCUAGUCCUGUGGUAACGCCGGAUCAUGGGAAGGUUGAUAAGGCGGGUCAUGAGUCUGGAAAGAACGAUAAGAAGAAAAAUGCUACCAGUAGCAUGAUUGAAAUUUCGAGUCGUUCCCAGUCAAGUUCACUUGCAGCCACGCCAGCUGGUUCACCGCCCAAGGAGCAAUCUUCCCUCACGUCCCGGACUCCUCAGAAUGAAAACUCCUCAUCCACAGAUCCAAUAGACGGCCAAAAUGGGUCUGAGAGUCUUCCCGAUGUCCUUCAACGUUCCCAUUCUGGUCACACAGGGGCAGAUUCCCCUACCUCGCCAAGUCCGGAAAGUAUCUCCCGGAGUUCCACCGUAAACGAUGAAACGAAACGCAGUCGCCCUCUGGAGAGCAUUACCAAAUCUUUCACUUCAUCCUUGUCUGGAGAAAAACGCCAAGGAAUGGGUUCCAUAGGGUCAAUUACUGCUGCUGCUGCCAAAAAAUGGGGCUGGAACGUGCUUGGUAAAGGAGAUCAAGGCAAGGCCAUCGAUGCGGCUGGACGACCCGGUACGCCGGACCAUCCUAUUGGGCGUGGGCGUCCCUUGCCGCCUCCCGGGACUCCUCUGCCCCCUCCGGAGAGGUUCGGCUUCAGGUCAAAUCCCAUCUCUAUGCCACGGAGGAAACCCGUUCCACCUCCAGUACUGCCCGAAAGGUCUCAGGAGGAGAACAUGAGACCGGUGCCCAAACCACCGUUGCCUAAGCGGCAAAGCCCACCAUCCCAAGAAUCCACGGUCAUCUUUACUGAUGAAGUGUUGGUUGUUGAAGCUCCUCGGGACUCCGAGCCCAGUAGUCCGGCUCCAGACGGCGAGUCGGAUGCUGUUCACACUAUGAAAACGGAGAAUCUCCCACCAUCUGCCUCAGAUUCUCAGCUUCAUCCUCAACAGUCCCUCGAGGAUGCUCAGUCUGACUCUGGUUUCGAACAGAUACCGAGUCUCUCAGAAGCUGGGGCUAUGCAACCUUCAUCUUCUACUCCACCAGACCGCGAGACGAUGGCGACGGUAAAUGAUCAUUUUCGCCCUCCACAGAAUGUGGUUUUGUAA